AUGUCAGCGUAUUUGCUAAUAGAAAGUAAAUCAUUCAUUUAUAAUAGCUGAUUUAGUUAAAUUCCAAGAUACUCCAAAACCUUUUUAAAAAAAUAAUUACCAAAUUAGCUUAUUAAGCUAUAAAUAGCAAAUAAGUUUGUAUUUGGUAGGCUCCUUAACUGAUAAUACAAGAAAUAAUAAGAAGAAAGGAGAUUGA